GUGGGAGAGUUUCGAGUCCCGCGAAAAGUCACGCCUGGUGUCUGGAAUCGCGACCCGAUCUCAAGCCGAGUUCCCUUCACCGUGUCGCCAGCGCACGCCGGAGAUCGCGGCAUCGGCAGCGCGCAAACACCCCGCAAGGCGCAGUCUGCAGCACCGUAUUCACACCGACCUAUCAUGAAUGGUGAAACCCACCAAUUGGAUCAAUGGGAACAAGCAACAACAUCCAGUUCCCAAAGCCCCAGCCCAAAUCCAAAUAUAAGUGGAACUGACAGUACUGUAGAUUCUGACAUGGAGAUUAUAUCUAGUGAAAGCAAGAUAAGAAGGAAACGUGCUGAUGGGAGGCCAAAGGGUAAAUUGAGAUGCCAAGGAUCAUGUGAAGAGGCAAAACGACGAGGAGUAUCAGGUUGGGAAAGCAGUCUCAGACAAAGGCCAGCACCACGUAUAAUUUUCCAGGCAGGAAUUUCCUUUCGCCACAAAAAAAAGAAAGAAGAUAAUAAUAUGAAACUCAAAAAGGACAUGAACAUUUCAUUGUCCCAGAAGACCAGGACAUCCUCUUCCAAGGCUUUCAUAACAGAAAAUUCUGUCAUUGACCUUACUUUGGAGCCUCUGGAAAGUAGUAAGAUACUUCCAAGUCCAGCAGAAGGCUUUGUUUGUGAAAGUAGUAUUGUGAAGGAUACAGAUGGAGUCCCUCAGUACCAGGAUGGCAAAGGUUAUGGUAUUGGGGAAUUGGUUUGGGGAAAAAUAAAGGGAUUCUCGUGGUGGCCGGCAAUUGUGGUUUCCUGGCGCACACCUGGAAGAAGGCAAGCUGCGUCAGGAAUGAGAUGGCUUCAGUGGUUUGGAGAUGGCAAGUUCUCAGAGGUUUCUGCUGACAAACUUAUGCCUUUAACUGCUAUUGGCCAGUAUUUUCAUACAUCUGCAUUUAACAAGCUGAUUUCUUACAAAAGAGCUGUGUACCAAGCUUUGGAGAUUGCUAGUAGCAGAUCUGGAAUGCCAUUCCCCUCUAAUGACAGGGGCACGUUGGAAGAACAAAUUAAGCCUAUGCUUGACUGGGCAUUUGGUGGUUUCCAACCAAAAGGUUAUGAAGGAAUUAAGCCCAAACAAAAUACAGAAAGUGAUACUGCAGGUGGAACCCCUGUCGAGGUCUGUGUCCCCGAGUACUAUCCUCCAACAAAAAAACAGAAGACAAGUUUUUAUAAAAGCAAAGAAGGAACUGAAGAAGAACACCGGGGGAGAGAAAAGAUUUUCUUUCAAGUUACAUCAAAUAAUAAAAGCAUUGAAGAAUUUUGUCUUGCUUGUGGCAGCAUUAGAGUCAGCACUUUCCAUCCACUGUUUGAAGGUGGUCUAUGUUCUAUUUGCAAGGAUAUCUACCUGGAGACUUCAUACAUGUAUGAUGAUGAUGGCUACCAAUCAUAUUGUACUGUGUGCUGCGGUGGCCGAGAAGUAUUACUGUGUGGGAAUGCAAACUGCUGCAGAUGCUUUUGUGUGGACUGCAUAGAUAUUUUGGUGGGUCCAGGUGCUUCUGAAGAAGCCAAGGUUCAAGAUCCUUGGCGAUGUUACAUGUGCCUUCCAUAUGAAAGCUAUGGAGUGCUGAGAAGACGCAGUGACUGGACCAUGAAACUUCAAGAGUUUUUUGCCAGUGACAAUGGCCAAGAAUAUGAUCCACCUAAAAUUUAUCCUGCAGUACCUGCUGAGAACAGAAAACCAAUCAAAGUUCUGUCAUUGUUUGAUGGGAUAGCAACAGGAUAUUUAGUUUUAAGGGAUUUGGGAUUUAAAGUUGAGAGAUAUGUUGCCUCUGAAAUAUGUGAAGACUCAAUUGCAGUGGGAACCGUCCGGCAUGAAGGAAAGAUCACAUAUGUGCAUGACGUCAGGAACAUCAGCAGGCAAAAUAUUCAUGAGUGGGGUCCAUUUGAUUUGGUGAUUGGAGGAAGCCCAUGCAAUGAUCUUUCUAUUGUAAACCCUGCAAGAAAGGGUUUAUAUGAGGGCACAGGAAGACUUUUCUUUGAAUUUUAUCGACUACUUCAUGACACCAGACCAAAGGAGUGGGAAGACAGGCCUUUCUUCUGGUUAUUUGAAAAUGUUGUUGCCAUGGGUGUCAAUGAUAAAAGGGAUAUUUCUCGUUUCUUGGAGUGUAACCCAGUUAUGAUUGAUGCAAUUGAUGUCUCAGCAGCACACAGAGCUCGCUAUUUUUGGGGAAACUUACCAGGAAUGAACAGGCCCCUGGUUGCUUCUUCAGCAGAUAAACUGGAACUCCAGGACUGCCUUGAGCAUGGUAGGAUAGCAAAGUUUAGCAAAGUUAGGACCAUAACAACAAGGUCGAACUCCAUCAAGCAGGGCAAGGAUCAGCAUUUCCCUGUUAUCAUGAAUGGGAAGGAGGACAUUCUGUGGUGCACAGAACUGGAAAGGAUCUUUGGCUUUCCAGUGCAUUAUACAGAUGUGUCAAACAUGGGGAGAGGGGCCCGACAAAAACUACUUGGAAGGUCAUGGAGUGUGCCUGUCAUUCGCCACCUAUUUGCACCACUGAAGGAUUAUUUUGCUUGUGAAUAACACAGUAUAAUAUUUGCCUUUCAGAAACUUAAGGUGCUUAUUUAGAAACUAAAUAGUAAAACAAAUCCAGACUGGUUUUCAGUAUACUGUGACACAUAUUUGAUUGGCAUUAUUGUGAAGGUUGCAUGCUGUACAUUUAUGAUACUGUGGCCAUUACUCACAGUCACAACUCAGGACAGGGUAGGUAGCAAGCAUGCCUACUAUAGUUGUUUUAGCUUUUGUAAUCUCAUCUUUUAUAUGGGAAGAAAACAGAAUUCUUACUUUUAGCUGUAGUUUACUUACAAUAGAGUGAGGAUUAUACUUCACAGUUUUCUAGUGUACUUUGUAGCUGGUCUUUUUAUGGGAUUUAAGGGCUUUUAACUCUUAAUGGUGCUAUUGUCCACCUUUUAGAUUUUCAACUUAUUUUCUAAACUUCUAAUAUAGUAUUUUAUUGUUAUAUUACACAUAUCAGUAGCUGGAUUUUUGGUAGACGGAUAAUAAGUCAUGAACCUGUUAAAUAAAGAUAAACAUAACAGAUUCAGAAAUCAUUGUUCAAAAAUGUUGAAGUUGUUGUCCUGUUUAAACAGUAUUCCAGUAUAUUUUAACUUACUUUUCAGCAAAGUGUAUUUUCUUUCUGUAAUCUGUUUUAUGUGUAGUUGUUGAAUAAUCAUGAUACAUUGUUUAAUUUGUUAAUGUUUUGUAUUUUAGCAAGGGUUGCAAAUGUGUAAAUGAGCAAAAAAAGAUUAUAAAGAUGGAAACCUUUUAAGUUUAAACCAAGACAAUGUCUAUAAACAGCAUUAGGAGGGUGACUUAAUGAAGCUGUACUGUCACCAUCCCUCACAAUCAUGUUCACAGUCAAAAUUACAGUCAAAGUAAUAGUUCAAACAAUUUAUUGGUAAAGUGAUAUUCUUCUUGCUGCUCCACGUUGAAUUUUUUUAAAAAGAUUUCAACAGAAAAUAUAAGACUGUAAUUAAUAAUAACAUCAUGUCAAGAUAACUCUUAGGGUUUUUAAUUCAAGACAGCAAUACCAUUUUACUCUCAAAAUGUAGAAGUUACAUUUUAUAUUUUAAGCUAUUUUUUGUAAGAUUCUCCAUCCUUCUAACAGUGUAUGCUCUACUAUGCAGAGUUGACUAAGGGACUGUCCUCGAGCCUCAGACAUUGCUGCUGCAGAGCUAACUGCAAAGGCAAUUUUUUUUUUAACUUUGCUAUUUUUCUUUAACGCCCCAAUUUUGCAAAAUUUCUGGCCUCUGUUAAAAUCCUCUAACUACCAAGAUGUCAGGAUAAAUAAUUCAGAGUAUGAAGCAAUGCAGUAAUUAAUGUGUAUUUUGUCAUUCGAAUAUACCACGCCAGUAUAUCAAAAAACUGCAAGGGCAUGCCAAUUUGGAAUAUUCUUUAGCAAGAUAUUAUAAUGACUUUAUGCAUAUUGUAUUAGGAUCUUAUUCCCAUACAACAUAAUUUUCUUAUUUUUAUAUAUUCGUGGUGUAAGUCCAGUCCUGGAAGUGGAUCACUCUUCAAUCUAGAAAUCAAAGACCAGGAUAGAAACAGAGGAUCCCUUUCCUCUGAUUCAACAAUUUGUCUCAGUCCUAACUUUGUAGGUGCAUUACUUACAUUACUUCUAAAAUUUUCACUCUGCAACCUCUAUCCAUAAGGCUUCAAAUUUAAUACAGUUUCUACUUAACCAUGGCUGGCUUUCUGUUGUGUGUUCUGACACACCAUGCCACUCAGUUCUCUCAAACUAACUUAAUUUGGAAAUUAAUGCAAGCCAGCAGUGCCGAAGUCCAUUAUAAAGAGCUGCCUUUACAAAGUUUUAAUAUGAUGAUAUUUCAAAUUGACGCUUUGUAUCUGAAUUUAGCAUUAACCAAGAAACCAAAACAAAAAUUUAAUGUAAUUUAUUCUAGGUAGUAAUUUAGCUCCACUGCAUUGCGCUGCUCAUUUUGACAACUACAAGAAUGUGGUGAAUUAAAAUUAAGGUUUUUAAAACGGAAUUUAAACUGAACUCAAUCCUUGGUGUGAAUUCUCUCUCCUCAUUUAGAACUAGUUUAGGGUUUAAAAAGUAAUUGAAUUCAACAGGAAUUAAACAAAAGAUGUUCUUCUUUCAAUCAUUAACAGAAAUCACAUAUAAAUACUGAAAGAACUCUACAACUCCCUGACACUAUCAGGGGAUCUAACCAGGUAACAAUAAAACAAUGUACUUCAACAAAGUCUGAAGUUUAAUCCUUGGUGCUUAUGGAAGUGGAUUGUAUCAUUAUAUAGCUGCAAGUGAUGGGAAUUUUGGUCAGAAUUCCUGUUUUUGCCUCUGCUGAAAGUUUUAGCCAACAGCAGACAGGAUAAAGCUAAGAUUUGCUGCCAACAUUUAUUUGUGCUCAAGUGGCUUGCCCCAUUUGCAAUUGGGCAAGCCACUUCAGAACCAUACCUAAGAAAAGUAAGAGAGAAAGAAAACUGACAAGGGAAAUAAACUACCAAAAGCAGAUCACUUUGGAUUCAGGUGCUUUUUUUAAAUACUUCAAAUACUGGAAUUUUUAUAUCUUUUAAGACAAAUACAAGGUGAUAAUCCUUUUUUGCUGGAAAGUAAUUACUGUACAUUUCUAUUGUGAAUAGUUAUGCACUGGGAUUUCUGCCUUGAAUGAUAUUAUUGGAAGUUUCUCUUCUAUCAUUGGCAAAUUUUAAUAGCAUCAAAGGGCAGCAUUGAACUUAAUGCGAAGCAAUAAGAAGCUGAUUUAUGGUACCAGUGAUAUGUCAAAAUAAAGAAGGAUGCAAAUAUAGUCAUAUCCCAGCUUUAACUGUGUGGUAACAACAGAAUUGGUUUGUUUAUUACAGCUUGGAUUGCUGUAUGGCAUCAUGGUUAGCCACAAGGUCCAUGAGUUAGGGAGAUAAAAAUCAGGUAGUGUUCGAGUUCCUGUUUGCUAUCCAUCAACUCGUGUGAAAUAUAUCAUGUGUUUACAUUCAGUGAGUAUAGGACUGACCUCAGCUGUGAUUCCCUAUAUGAAAAUAGUUCCCCACCCAUACAAACAAAGUUUUAAACAUCCAAUUCCCAACCUCAUUGCUGUAAACAUGCAUAGAUUAAUGCAUAUAAGGAUAUAAAGGAUAUUUUUUUCAUUUAAGUGAAUGUAGUCAAUAGUGAUGUCAGUCUUUUUUGCAUCCAUUUAACAUUCAAUAGAACUCAAUUUAAAAUUAAUAAUUUUAAUAUUUUUCAAAAUAGUUACAAAAAAUCAUCUUAACUUUGGGAUAGUAAAGAUUUGCAUUUUACCCAUUUAACUGAAGAGUAUUAAUAUUGUGGCCAAAGAAAGGUUAUCACCACCUGAACUUGUGCGUUAAUUCUAUGAGAAUGUGUUAUAUUUUAGUCUGUCGAGUUGAUGGUGUUUAUAACCUGAAAAUAAUUCCUUAUAGAUAUGUCCAAAAUGCACGUAUUUAUAAUGAUUUUGUUAUAAACAUAUCAGGUUAAUCUUUACUAAAAGUCUGUAAACCCAAAGUGCUGUUUACUAUCAAACAACAUUUAGUAGGAACUUCAUAACUCCAUCAUGUCAGAAGACCAAAUUUCAAACCUUUAAUUUCCUCUUUAUGGAAUUAACAAAAUCAAUCACUGAGUUGGUAGGUAGGUUGCACAAGACAUAGUUUACAGUGUAGAGCCUUGUGAAGAACUUUUAGUCUCCAACUGCAAACCCUGUUUUGAAUUAUUCCUUUGAGAAGUCCAAUAGCAUUUUUCGACUGUUUCUAAUAAAUGCGAGUUUCUUUAUAUUUUUCUAACUUUAUAUGAUCAACAAUAGCAUUUCUAAAAUUCUUGUCUAAAUGUAACUUACACAUACAAAGUUAGAGUGCAUUCUAUUUAAAGAAAAUUUGUUGGAAUGAUGUAACUCUUUUAAGUUAGCCAUUGUAGCUUUCCAAAUCUUGAUGAAAAGCAAGGCUACAGUUUUUUUUCUUGGCAAUGCCUAAAAUGGUGCCAUUGGUGUGUUUAUUUUAAAGCAUAAAUUACAUGCAAAGAAUAUCAGUGAAACUACCUGAAUUUAUCCCUCUGUACUUUCAAAUCAACACUGUUUACAAUAUAUUACAUUUAUAAUGGGGUGCAGCUACUGUACAUGGAAUUGUUUCUAUUUCAUCGUUUGUUUCAAAUGAGCCAACUAGCAAAAAUGUACUGUUGACCAGCAUUAAAACACUUCAAACUUGUGAUUACUUUAUAAAGAUUCUCAUGUUUUUUUUUGCUUUAACUAUAUAAACAACUUCCAUUGUCAGAAAAUGUGUGUUUGAACAUGUUGUUUUGAUGUUCAUCACUUCCACUUUACUACAUGGCACAAAGAAUUUAACUAUUCCUUGUGCGUGAACUCAGAGGUACAAGUUGUAGCACUGCCUAUCUGUUUACA